GCUCAUGAUUUUGAAGUGACUUUAUUAGCAUUUCUUUUUAACAUCCUCGUAUAUAAGGUGGACACACACUUCCAAGACGCAGAUUAGGUACCAAGAACUGAUAGAUCGGUUUCUACAAGAACUGCAAAUUGCUGGAAAUGGCCAGAAAGAGCAUCUCAACUUACUCUGUUCUCUUUGCUUUAGCAUUUCUUUCAGAGUCCUUAAUAGCUUCAGUGGCAAGAUCUCUAAACAAGAUAGAAGAAACUAGAAUGUUAAAUGAUUUCUUCAGCCCAAGUAAAGCACACCUGGAUGCAGAGGGGUUGGACAAGUCAGGCGAGGCUUUCUCAAAGUAUUCUCUUCUGGAAGGAACCAUGAUGGAUGAAGGCGGCAGCUCAAAAAUCAUAGUCUUCACAGAUUUAGGUGUCAAGAAGAAUGCUAAAGAUCUCCAGGACUUCCUUAUUUCUGCAAACUCGAAACUCUUCAGCCCUGCAUUGUCUGUAGAUCUGUCUAACAGACACCUGCCUUACUUCACUGUCAGAGAAGCAGAGGCACCCCAGUCAGAAAGCCAAAGCACUGCAACAGAGGAACGCAGAGAUUCUGGAAGGGAUGAUUCUAAAAUUCCAGUAGGCAAAAGAGACUUUGACAUGCUAAGAUGUAUGCUGGGAAGAGUCUACCGACCAUGCUGGCAGGUCUAGGAAUUGCUUCAGUCCUCCAAUGAACAAAGCUGUUGAAAUUACAAUGAUCUAGUUAUUCACCUUUGUGUUACGCCUGCAAGGCUGUUUAUGUAUAAAGCUUGAAAUGUCCUAAGGUUGUUCUGUGCCAUCUGUUUUCUUAUUGAAAUCACAACAAUAAGAACAGUAAUGUAUAAAAGGUUUAUUAAAAGUAUUUAAAAGAA